AUGAGUGUUCUGCUCCAAAUGUUAGAGAUAUCCCAAGUACCAGAUUGUCCGCUUUGUGGUGCACCAGUACCCGGACGACGGGGUGAACCCCCUGAUGUUGCUGUCAGCCAACAUAUUGACAAUCAGUGCACUUCAGACCCUGCAAAGGAAAGAAGAAAAAAGGUUUUUACAAACAAGUGUUCCUAUAAAGGAUGCAAAACUAAGGAAAUGGUGCCUUUAAUUUGUAAAGAAUGCUCCCUCAACUACUGUCUUAGGCAUCGGCAUACUACAGACCAUGCAUGUGAAGGAAAACUAGCUGCUAAGAGAAGACAAGCUGCGAAUGCUGCUAUGGCCAGAAUGAAAGCAAAUGCCAUAAAUAUCAGCCAAAACACGCAACCAGUAUCAGCACCAGCCACAGCUUUCUCAGAAGUACAAGGAAAUAUGACGGAAGAUGAGGCACUAGCGCAUGCACUUGCACUUUCUAUGCAAGAAGGAAACAUUCACACUGAAGAGCCAAACUUUAUGCGUACCCUUAUAAGACAGAGGGUUGGCGGCGAACAAAACUCAAGAUGCUCUGUUUCU